CGCCGACAGCCUCCGCGUGGAGCCACUGGGCGAGGACAGCAGUGGUGCGCUGUACUGGUACUUCUAUGGCACACGAAUGUACAAAGAGGAUCCGGUGCAGGCGAAACCCAACGGAGAACUGGCUCCAGACAGGGGAUGUGGGGGGCAGACAAACACCCCAAAUGUCCCUGGAAAAACAGGCAAGAGACGAGGGCGACCCCCAAAGCGGAAAAAACUGCUGGAGGAAAAUCUGCUGAGAGAGAAGGCAGAAGAGAACUUGCUAAUCCGUGAGACGCAGAUAAGAAAUGGGUCCCAAGGGCCAGGCCGUGGGACAUGGUGGCUGCUGUGUCAGACGGAAGAGGAGUGGAGGCAGGUCACAGAAAGCUUCAGAGAGAGGACUUCCCUUAGAGAGCGGCAACUCUACAAACUCUUGAGUGAAGACUUCCUGCCGGAGAUCUGCAACAUGAUUGCACAGAAGGAGAAGCGUCUGCAGCGGACAGAGUUUUCUCCCAGGUGGAUGUCUGACCAUCAUCCCAUCAAACCAAUCAAGCAGGAGGUAAACCCAAAUGUGCUCAAUUCGAUGGAGAAGCAAAGGCGCAGGGAGGAAGAGGAGGAGCGCCAAAUCCUUAUAGCAGUGCAAAAAAGAGAGCAAGAACAGCUGCUGAAGGAGGAGAGAAAGAGAGAGAUGGAAGAGAAGGUCAAAGCAGUGGAAGAACGAGCCAGGAGGAGGAAGCUUCGUGAAGAGCGGGCCUGGCUGCUGGCACAGGGGAAGGAGCUUCCCCCAGAGCUUUCCCACUUGGAUCCCAGUUCCCCGACCAGGGAGGAGCGAAGGACCAAGGACCUCUUUGAACUAGAUGAUGAGUUCACAGCUAUGUACAAAGUUCUAGAUGUGGUAAAGGCUCACAAGGACUCCUGGCCCUUCUUGGAGCCCGUCGAUGAAUCGUAUGCUCCAAACUACUACCAGAUCAUUAAGGCCCCCAUGGACAUCUCCAGCAUGGAGAAGAAGUUGAAUGGAGGUCAGUACUGCACCAAGGAGGAAUUUGUGGGCGAUAUGAAGACCAUGUUCAGGAACUGUCUAAAGUACAAUGGUGAAGGCAGUGAGUAUACGAAGAUGGCUUACAACUUGGAGAGAUGUUUCCACCGAGCAAUGAUGAAACACUUCCCUGGGGAAGAUGGAGACACAGAUGAGGAGUUUUGGAUCAGAGAGGAUGGGAGGCGGGAGAAGAGGAGCCGGAGAACUGGCCGCUCUAGCACUGGCAGCGUUUGGACUCGGUCACGAGACUCAGAGGGACCAGGCAAGAGGCAGCAACGCCUGGAAAAUGGAGGGAAACCCCCGCCGUAUCGAGCUACUUCCAGGGCUCCUGCUUCCUCCUCGUCUUCCUCUUCCUCCUCCUCCUUCUCCUCCUCCUCUGCAGAGGAUCCAAGUGGCAACCCAAUGCAGCCUCCUCGGGAAGUGGGCCCUUCCAACGGGCGAGGUUUCCCUCGGCCACUGCAGUACGGCGGCAUGCCUAGCCCUGUGCCACAUCCCGGUCAGAUGAGACCAGCUGUGCCAGGGACAUUUGGCCCUCUGCGCGGAUCAGAUCCAACUAAAUUGUACGGCUCGCCACGAGUCCCAGAACCCCAUCCUGGAGAUCCGGGUCAGCAGCACCAGCACUUUGCCAUGCAGGGAAAAGCUUUCAGAAAUGCCAUGUGUGGCAGCUCUCACUACAACUCGCUCUCUUUCUGGCCCCCUCUGCCUCCCAGCCAGUGGACUGAGCAAUCAAAUUUCCUACCUCAUGGGGUUCCUCCCUCAGGAUAUAUCAGACCACCUGGGAAAGCCACCAGCCAGCGGAUGCCACAGCCGCCAGCCUCUCUGUUUGGGGGGCCACCUCAGGUUCAAAGAGGGUGCCAGGGUGGGGACUCCAUGAUGGACAGUCCAGAGAUGAUUGCUAUGCAGCAGUUGUCAUCCCGCGUGUGCCCGCCGGGUGUGCCUUACCACCCUCGCCAGCCACCCCCCCCGCACCUCCCUGGCCCCUUUCCGCAACUGGCUCACGUGGCGUCUGCCAGCGUGCAGCCCCCGAAAUCCAUCGUGGGGAACGGGAGCUCGCAGGAGCAGACUGGUCAGACCAUGGAGCCGGAGAUCAACCAAGUGGAGCCGCCCACCAGCUUGGACGAGAAGGCUCAGUGCAUCAGCAUUCCCGACGGGGCCUACGCCAAACUCCUACCUCAUCCCAAGCCCCCGCUGCCCAUGGAGUGCACCCGGCGCACCUUGCCCCCGGAUGGGGAAGGAGACGGCUCCGGAGCGAAAAACGACCUGAAGGCAGCGCAGAGCAAGAGUGCGUGGCCGGCCGAGAGCGCCUACGCUGGCCCAGGUGCCCAGGGCUGCGUGAGGGAUCUCAUGCCCACCUCUGAGAGAGGGGGGCCCAUGCCCGAGAACGGGGCUGUGGGCGAAGGGCCUUCAGGCAGCACAGAGGGGAAGGGGCUAGCCGCCAACCUGCUGGAGAAGCCCCUCUGCAGUGGGGGGAAGGCUUUGCCCGACGCAACCGUGCCUUGUAUGGGGCAGAGCACCGGCCUCCCCGGCAUGGACACAGGCUCCAUGGGGGCCGCCCCAAACCAGUUCCACCCUCUCUACAUGCCCGGUUUGGAAUACCCAAAUUCAGCCGCGCGUUACCACAUCAACCCAGGCCUGCAAGGGUUCAGCCCUGUGAUGGGUGGGAAGCCGCCACCGGUGUCUCAUCCGCAGCAUUUUUCAUCACGGGGCUUCCAGCCAAGCAACACCCAUCCUGGCGUCUUCCCCCGGUACCGCCCCCCCCAGAGCAUGCCAUCCUCCUCCCAGCCCCAGCCUCAGCCUUCCUACCACCACUACCAGAGACCACCGUACUACGCCUGUCCACAAGGCUACUCGGACUGGCAGAGGCCUCUUCAUCCCCAGGCCAGUCCCAGUGGGCACCCACCCACUCACCCGCCUCUGGCCAGACCUCCUUUCUCCGACCGGGGGAACAUGAGCAGCUUGCAGGGCUGUGAGGCACUGAGCGCUGGCCUGGCUUCUCCAAACCGCAUGGACGUAGCGAGUGCCAAAGAGGUUUCUCCAAGUGACGGGCAGGAUCUGGGGCCUGAAGAUGAGAAGUCCGAAGAAUCCCAGGAAAGGCCGGAGAGCCCCAAAGAGUUCCUUGAUUUGGACAACCACAAUGCAGCCACGAAGAGGCAAAGCUCGGUGGCAGCAGGAGAGUUCCUCUACGGAGCUCCCCCACCACCCCUGGGUUCGGGCAUGGGAUUUGGCCCGUCGGCUUUCCCUCCCCAUGGGGUAAUGCUACAAACUGGCUCUCCUUAUGCAUCCCGGCAUCCGGCCAGUCAUUUCCAGCCCAGGACAUACGGAUCACCCGUGAACGCUCACCUGUCUCAUCACCCAGCCCCUGGGCAGGCCAAUGGCCUCUCUCAAGAGGGACCCCUGUACCGCUGCCGAGAGGAGAACAUAGGUCACUUUCAGGCCUUGCUGAUGGAGCAGAGAGGCAGUGGAGGUGGCAUGGGGGGGCCACCCCAGGACUUGUAUAGAUCAUCGGGAAUGCAAAUGCAUCAGGCUCAAGUUCCCUUCCCGAAGAUGCCUACAGCAACCAUGUCCCGGGAAGAGCUGACACCACAAAAACCAUCAGCGUUGCCUCUGGAUCAAAGCUAGUCCACGGAAGGAAGACCCUCAAUAAGAUGAAAGCCACACGUGAUUUGGACAGGGAGGAGGAAGGGCAGAGGCCUUCCUCCCACCCUCCCCUCACCCAAGCAGCACGUAGCUUCCUGGAGCCGUGGAACAUGGUGCCGCAAUGGCUUUUGCGUCAGAAACCUGGAGUGGUGCUGGGCCCCCAGCCAGCCAAGCAGCUGGCUCGCCACCGAGGGGGAAGCAUCCGAAACUGGUGGCUUUCCAUGCCUGGAGACUGCGUCUCGUUCAGGGUUUGAGGGAUUUUUUUGGGUGGGGAGGGUGGGGGUGGGGUUUGAAACUUUCAUUGACUGCUAAACUCAGGUAUAUUUUUUCAGGGUGGAAGAGGACGAUGAUGGAAUUUUACUUGUAGUAUUAACGUGUGUGUUUUGGAGCUGGAUCCAGUUUACAGAAUUUAACCUGUUGCCUUUUUAAAUAAAUUUCUGUUGUUGGUGAAUGUAUUGUACAUAAUGGGGGAGGGGGUGGGCCCAGCUUGUAGUGGGCUUAGCACUGGAGGAAUCCUUAACUGUUUACAAUCAUGUCACACUGAAAUCUUUCAGGAUAGGGGGGAGCGGGAAGAGGUGAGGGAAUGUGUGGUGACAACUUGCUGUCCUCCUUCCCAUCCUCUGCAACUGAGACAUAACCUGGUAGUUCUUUGUUUGAAUAGCAGGAGUUGCUCAGAUGUCCUCCUCUUGAUGUGUCCUCCUCUUUCUCUUCUCUUCUUCCCCCUUUCCCCCCUCACCCCCACCUCUGCCCCCUGGAUCCAGGGCCUGAGUGCACUUCCAGCUCCUGUCAUCAUGGGGGAACAAGGAAACCAGGACCAGGAAUUGAAACCAGGACAGGACACUCAUGGCAUUGUCCCUUCUGCUAGUACAGAACCCCUCUCCCUGCCUUUCUGAUAGCAGUAAUUUAUGCUCUAGAAACCAGAAAAUGGUAUAAUUGGUCAUCUUUGACUUCUUUAGGUGAAACCAGGACAGCUAGGUUGUGGAGCAGUACCUACCUGUAGAAGAACAAAUGUUGUGCAAAUCUGUAAUCCCUUGCUGCCUUAGGUGGGGAGCUGAGUCCCAUUUUUCUUUCACUGUCGAUUGGCUCUAUUCCCUGCUUAGCAGCAGUGGAGCAUAAAGUACCCCUGGAUUCCCACCAACUCUAGUUUGCAUGUGGAACAGGAAUGUGAAGCUGCUUGGGGAGAGUUGUUUGUUUGUGCAAGCCAUCUGUUGGCCCAUGGUGUUGGCUUUGGUGUUUGCAAGUUAUGAGUGAAUCAGGAAGUGUUGCUUUGAGAUCAAAAGAAAAGGCGCAAUGGCUCGGCAUGUGCAGCAAGGAGAGGGCUGUGUGCUUGAGUUGAGUGCACAAGGCUGUGGGUUCACUGAACACAUUUAUUAUUAUUGAUACUGUGGCAGCAAGUACUACAGUGCUAGCAGCAGCUUCCUUCACGGGCUAUACCCAGUGCGAAGGUACUUUCCCCACCAGCGAUACCGCAACUGGGAAGCCCUGCAUUCACGUUCCUAGCCAGAGACUGAAGUUCAAAUGUAGUUUUGACCAUUGGGUUCAGUAGAAAUCUCAUCUACAGAUGUUUAUCCCCAUCCUAAAGCUAAAAAGCAAGCACAGCUGACUGUUCUUGGGGACAGAGUCUGGGGUAAAACAAGAGGAAGUUGCUCCACUGCAAGACUAGGCAGCAAGAUCUGUCAGGGCCACAGCUCCAGUGUCAGCUGCAGGUUGGACUAGAGGGACAGUGGUGCAGGAAAAGGAGGAUGGGCUGAUGUGCCAGCCAAACUGUGCGCCUGUUGGCACAAGUGGCAGCGGAGACGAGGACACAGCAACAUCCUAUUUAGUCUGUGCUGCCAACCAGAGAAGGAGCUUCAUCUCCAGGUUUCCAGAUAAUUUUUCUAGCUGCUUUGUUGUCUUGACUGGUGCCAUCAUCCGUACUAGCUAGAGUGGGCUAGCACGCACCUUUGUCCCGCUGUGUAGAUGUACCAUACAUAGGCAAAGCUGAGCAAAUUGCACAUAGCAUCUGAUUAGGCCAUUACUCCUUCUGUCACAAACUUUUGGAAACACAAAAAGCCUAAAAGAUGAGGAAUAUUCUUUCUUGAAAUAGUCAGGAUGAGAAAGGUCUAUCAUGUCAGUGCCAGUGUUACCAAUGAGCCUUACUGCUCUGUUACUACCGUACUUUUGGCUCUGAUGAGCUGGGUUAGGGCCAAGGCAUUUUCCAAGCCUAAGAGGAGUUAAACAACAACUUGCUGUUCCCACAACUGUUUAUCAGUUCAAUUUUCCUUGCAGUCAGCCUGUGAACUAUAGCUGCUCUCUGUUUAGUCCAGGGAGCGCCUGGGUUAGCUGGUUCCUCCUCCGAGGAAGACUUCAAUAUAAUGUGAAUUGCUUAAAAUACCUAAUUAGAGAUUCUAUUAAAUUGCUAAAGGGAGGCGCUUUUUUUGUUGUUGUUGUUUUACAUUUAUGUUUACCAAACAUGGAGCAGCUGUCACUGAUGGAUAGGUAUAGACUAGAAUACAUAAUCUGGAAGGUUGUCCUUGGAAUGAGAGGCAGGUAAUGGCUCUCUGUAGCCAGGAACAAGGCUAUGGCUUGUUUGAAUUCAUCCCAGGUCUGAGGGUCUUUAGCUGGCCUGCUGGCUGGCAGUGGGUUUUCAGAAGCGCCUCAGCCACCAGGAAGUGCAGGUCUGAAUAUAGUUUUUAGUGCCAUUCAAUGAAUGGAGGUACUGAAACAGUAAUAGGUAUUUAUUAAAGACUGCAAAUAUAUUUGCUAUUCAGGAUAACAAACCUGGGACAAAAGAGAAAACAGUUACUUCUGUUUUUAAAGCAUGCUUAAAAACAGAGGAAAUGUAAAAUAUAACCUGUAGCAAGGUAUUUGAAAUUCUGGAAAUACGAACGUAGAUUCUGCAAACAACUCCUGCCGUACAUCAGCCUGUCUCUUCUGUAUCACAGACAGUUACCCAAAUAUUUGAAGUGCCUUUCAGCUUAUUGUGAACUUUGUGGAAUGGGAAGUUUUAGAAGCUAAAAAAAAAAACAAGCUGCAGCACUCUUGGUCUUCGUCUGGAACUGGCCCUUGGUUCUAAUGGUCAUGGUAUCUGGAUGAGUAUCAACCCCAGAUCAAAACAGGGGAGGAGUAAGAAAGGCAAGAAUUGCUGGUGGUCGGCCAAGAGAGGGUAGUGGAGUGCCAGAUAGUGAUAGAUAUCCUGAGGAUCCUAUACGGAGUUGAGAGGUGAAGAUAUCCUUUAUUUGACGUAAUGGAAAUUUGGGAGAAGGUUUUGACUUGUAGAUGGUAGACAAAACGCAGAGUAGUGAGGCUGACUCCUCCUGGGAGGGUUUCUGGGUGGAUGACUUUUGAUGUAGUUAGUAAUUCUCAUUACAGUGACUAACAAGCUGUAUUGUGAGGACACAUGAUUUAUAUCAGAAAAGUACUAAUAUAGGGUAGGGGGAACUACGGCUGGGCUAUAGGGAUAGGAGUUGCUGCUUGUGGAAUCUUAGCUCAGAGUUUCCAGAUUUUCAAAUGCUUUGUUCAAAAACACUUGCCUUUUUUUUUUUUUUUUUUUUUAAACAAUGCUAUCUAGGAAUCCCCCAAGAAGCAAGAGCUCCAUCUCACAAGGUACAAUCUGAACAAAUCAUAGAAAUUCCUGCCCCUCACAGUGGGAGCUCACAGUGCCUGGGAACGGGUCGCUGAGAUGGAGCGCCAACAGAAAGGCACAGAGAGAAGCAGAAAAACUGAAUUUUACAGCUCAUGGAUUUCCAAUCCAUGCUGUGCAGGACUGAUCUGUAGAUACUGUGACAGAGACAGGUUUAAGGAGAGAUUUAGAAGAGAGUAAGAUGGCAGCUCUGUAUGUACAGAGUGGUGCUUUUCCCAUGGGUUGUUAUACAGUGCAGGAAAAACAUAGCUGCAUUUUAAAAUAUCUUGGCUCUUGAUCGUCAAGACUUCUGUCCCUGUCUUAAGUAACGUUUUAACUGAGUACAGAGAAAUUCUGCACUCCGUGAUUGGAACCCCUCCCUGUCAUCCCCCGGCAUUGUUGUAAUAUAGUAUAUAACCAGUUGGUGCUUCUUCAGAAAGCAUAGUGAACUAGUGACUUGGGAAAUUUCUUGUAGCUGUUACUUUUUCCUAUAUGGAGAAUGUGUUUUGCUAUAAUUUUACAGAUUUCAUGUUGAACAGGACUAUAUAAUACGUAGAACAAAUAAGAUUCUGUCCAUGCUUAAGCAUGCUAAAAGUUUCUCAUGUUCUCAGAAAAGCUUUGUGCCCUACUCUGGCUUUUUAGCUGCUUGUUCUCCCUACUGCCUCCUCCUUUGUAAGUGGUAUAUAGUGUGUUUGCAAGCUCCCUAGAUGCUGGAUUGUCAUUAUAAAUGCCAUUGUAUCAGCUUCCCAUGGGACUCUCGUAGCGUUGGGCAUCAUAAGCACUACAGGGCCUGGCAAUUCAGCCAAGUAUUUUGAGAAGGCCAGUAACUGAGGCUUCACAGUGAUUUUUAGCUGUGUCCGGCAGGAGCGUGGAGUUUAUAAAUUCCAUGGUGUUAGCCACCAAACCACUCAGUAGCAAUCCAAGACACCAGUCUGCAAUGAAGAGGACGAAAGAGGAAAGUAAAUUUGAAGUUUCAAGGCCCAACUGUUUGAUUUGUGACUUUAAACUAUAUGAAGACACUUUUCUUGGAACAGCUUCUAAUCCUUUCUGAUCUGCCAAAUGCCCUUCCCAUGCAGACUUUCUGAAACAAAUCUCUGGCGUGUAUUUUUGUAAGUGUGGUUUCUCAGGGUCUUGGAGAACUAUCAGCUUCUCAAAGUCUUAUCUGAAAGCUAGUCACGGAGGCUGUCUCUCAUUCUGCUGACUGAGGCACUUUUCCUGCAGCUUCUCUCUCUUUACACCCCAACGCUUCUCCACUUAAAAUGAAAAUAUAGUUAGACAACAACCUUCAUUUUUCUCCUCUACUUAUCUCAGUCAGUCUUCUGCACAUCUCUAUGAUCAGCCAGGGUUAUUGCUUUGUUCUUGUCAGCUUUGUUCUGCUUUUGUUUUCUGAGGAGACGCCUUGGUGUUGUGAUAUGCAUUGUGGAGUUUUGGAGAAGGUGCUCAACUAAGUGACAAGGAACCGCCAGCCCAAGGGGUAGCUUGGAGAAAACAGGAGACUCCAUAACGGUGUAGUUGCCACCGGUUCCUCUCAUUGCAUAGCAAUGAUGCAACGGGGUCUGUUUUUAAUAAGAGCUACCCCAUUAAAAAGUUUUAACUGCAGUGCAUUUGGUGGUAGAGAAGGUGUUCUUGCAGAAUUCCUGUUUUGCUUUAAGUCUGGUGCUAGUGGUUGAACAGCAGGUGUGUGAGUGCUGUAUCCUUUCUGUAAGGCCGAGUUUGAGAUAGCAGGCUAUGAAAGUAGUGUUGCAGCUGCAGACCAUGUGACAACCUUUAAGAGCGUGUGCUUAUUGUAACCGAGAAAGCAUCUCAAACGUUGACCUUCCAGCCUUUCCCCAUCUGUACCUGUUUAACAUACAGAUGGGGGUAAAGCACAUUCUGGCUUGGCAGGACCCCUGCCGCCCAUGCGGAAGGAAAAUGCUUUUAACCAGCACAUAAUGAACUAAGUAUUCUGGUUUUCACUCGCCACUGCCCACCUCCGUCUCCAGGCCACUGCUCUGAAAAAGAGCUGGGAGGAGAGGAGGGAGAUCCAUUUCCAGCUGUCUCUGAAUAGGAGCUAUUGGAUGACAAGAGCAAAGCUCAGUCCACCCCUAGAGCAAGGAAAGCCAGGACAGGGUGUCUGUAUUUGAAACUGGGAAAUAGCAUCCAAGUAUACCUUAAAAGCACAGGUGUAACAAGCUGUGUGAUGCUGAAACCCCUUUGACAGUUACCUGUCCUGCCUCUGCUGUUCUCACAUGCAGUAUUUGAGAAACCGUGGAGUGUUUUGUAGUUAACACUGCUGGCCUUGUGUCGACUUAGGUUUUUUUCUCCUUAUUCUGCAAGAGUGGCCUAGAUUUCUUUUGGCAAAGGUCUUCCUGUUUUUGAAAUGUGGAUGUCAAAGAGAAAAGAACAGUGCAUCCGGGAGAGAGCAAGAGCUAAAUUCGUCAGUGGAAGAGAGGAUGAAGGAUUAAUUGGGUCUGAGGAUUACCUGGGAUCGUCACCAGUUCUAGCAAGUCCCUCUGUCCUUUGCCCUUUUUAUUUUGAAACACGUGGCUCGCUAGCAGAAGGGUAGUAAUUGGAAUAUCUUUCAAAUAAAGGUGGAACUGACUCUGUGGGCAAAAUUCCCUUGUUAUGGACAAGGUUAGACCAGAUGGCCAUUACAGACCCUUCUGGCCUUCAAAUCGGUGAGAGGCAUGCAGGCACCUAGUGCAUUCAAACAUUGUUUAGUAUGUCAGGGCAGUGAUCUCCCUUUCUGAAGGCAGGCAGACGGCUACAGGAGCUUGGGCCUCCACUUUUAAUCUGGAAGGGCUCCCUUUUGUGUCGUGCACCAACGUUUUCCCUUUCCUUGCUUCCUGAUUUUCAAGUUUCUUUCUCUCUGCUUGAUUUGCUGCAGUCAGUUGCCGUCAAAUGCAGAGGUGAAAUCUCACUGCCCACAUGAGCCGAAGGGCCAAAGGUUGAACUUGCCAGCUGUCUCCUCUACGUAUGCGUGUAGAAAGAGGAUGGGGAGAACAUGUUACUCUCCUCGUGAAAUUAAGAUGUCCUCAAUGGCUAACCAGUGCUGUCCUGUGUGCCCCUGGGUCUGCCACCCUGGAGCGGCGAUGCCUGUCCCUCUGCCAGCACAAGGCUCACUCCUGGCCCCUGCACAGCGUUCCCGUGCUAGUGCUGUGGCACAUGAUCUCGGUGCAUCUACCUCCAAGGCAGCUUAGGUUAAAUAUGUGCUGCGUACAACCCUGAAAGCUGUUAUCGCUCUUUCUUGAUAGAUCGAUGAACACUGAUUUUUCUCAGCAAUAAUAAUGUGCAGCAGUGCAACUUUGUCCUUCCUUUAUAGUUUCAGGGAGAGGGUGGUUGUAAAACACGCUGUGGGGCUCUCUAGUUUGAGUGGGAAGCACGGUACUUGCUGUGGCCCUGCGUUUUAACUGUGCAACUAUGCCAUGCUUCUGCUCUCCCAGCAGCUGAUAUGUUGAUUUAGGUAGCCAGGAGAGACCUGGUACUUGUUCUGUGUUUCGGGAAGGUAGAAAGGGAAGCAAGUGUGUUGAUAAGAGCCAGACCUUGUCCGUAGCCUGGGUUCAGAGCAGAGCACAUGGAAGAGGGGUGCCUGGUGCUGGAGUGCCUUGCUGUCGAGCAAGGGGUAGGUACGUCGCUAAUUUUGUGUGUUUGGGGGAGGAGAGCAACCCACUGCUGUUUGACUUGCCGUUGAUGGGGGAGGUAGCUUGAGAGCCUACGCCACUACAUCCAUUUUUCUGAAGUUGGGUGAUGUUGAGUUUUUUUGUAUUAUUGUAAGUUUGUAAAGAAUGUAAUCUGUCUGUCGGGGGCAUAAGGAGAAAACAGAGCCUUUCUCUUUUGGGGUCAGGCUGCUCUUUUGUUGCUGUGUUUUUUGUUGUUGGGUGGGGAGGGAGUCUAGCGGCCACGCGGGUGAAAGCCUAGCCUCAGUCAACUGAUUGCAACUAUCUGAUUGCAACGAGCCCAGGGCAACAGGCCAGCGAGCUGAUGCUGCAGCAGAGACCUCCCGCACCAAGCUGUGAAAACAAAACCCUGCCUGCAUCUUUCCAUGGGGGGAGUUGGACCUGCGCGGGGCUCUGCACUGUGGCGUUUUGUUGGGUGGUGGGACGUUGCGCUCGAGGGCUGAUGUUGCUUGUCUUCAGCCCAGUUAGCAGCAGAGCUGGUGGACUGCCCGUGCCAUUCAGCGCUCAUGUAAAGGAAAAGUCAAAUUUGGUGGCCUGAAUUUUUCAGUGCAAAAACAGCUCCCGCUGGAGUUGCUCCCUAUAGGGCUCCUCUCCGCGAUGGGGCUGAAGUACCACACGCCGCCGCCAGCCUCCUCCCGGGAGCCCUGGCCGUAGCCCCUGCCUCCCUCCCCAUCCCGUAGAGCACAGUGUCAGGGAUCCUCUUCUCUCUCCUGCUGCUGCUGCAAAGUUGUGUGAACUUUCCUGGUCAAUACUGGAAAGGGGAAUGCUAUUUAUUUUUAUAUUGUGUAUAUUUUGUCUUGGUCUGCUGAUUACCUUUGUUCCCCAAGAGCGACAGUUACCUCAAUAGUUAGUUUAAUACUGUGUGUUGGGUAAUUUUUUUAAAGAACUUUUUUAAAAGCUUGAUCCUUGGAGGUCUGUAGAUU